UUUCUAAAGUCGUAUACGAUCUAUCUUUUCCAUUUCAUUUGUAAACAAAUUUUAAAACAGAUAUUCGCGCGUUGAUCUCAUUAAAUUAUGAGUGGAUACAUUAUGUGAUGUACAAAAUGCACAAGAUAUAAGUUUGACGUAUAAAAAAUCUUAAUGCCUUAAUGGAUCUUCGAUAAAUCUGACGUUACGUAAAAAUGAUCAUCUCAGCUUUAGACAAAGACACAGUGAAACUAAUAACUACCACUCAAGUUAUAACUUCGAUAUCUACUGCUGUAAAAGAAUUAAUAGAAAAUGCGUUUGAUGCUGGUGCUAAAAAUAUUGAAAUUAACUUGAUAGAUAAUGGAUGUACAUUAAUAGAAGUAAAGGACGAUGGAUGCGGUAUUUCAAAAGUAGAUGCUCCUUACAUGGCUUUAUCAUCUUACACAUCAAAAUUGUCUAGUUUCUCCGAUUUAGAAUCUUUAGAAACAUACGGAUUCAGAGGUGAGGCUUUAUACGCAUUGAGUGCAGUAUCGGAUCUUACGAUCAUAUCAAAAACAGAACAAGAUGAAGCAGCUAUAUCUUAUACUAUAGAUCAUAAUGGUCAUAUCAUAAAUUCAGAACAUUGCCACAGAUCUACAGGAACAACUGUACAAGUUAAACAAUUAUUUAAACAAAUGCCAGUGAGAAGGCAAAUAAUUACAAAUUUAAAGAAAGCUAAUCAAGAUAUUAGAACUUUGGAGUCUUUAAUAAAAAGUUACGGAAUAUGCAAAUUUAAUGCACGAAUAAAUUAUAAAGUAAAUAAUAACAUAAUAUUUGCAAAACCUAGUAUAAGUAAUCUUGAAGAAGCAGUUACAUAUACUCUUGGUAAAAAAAUAACAUGCUGUAUGAAUUGGAUAGAUAUUACAGAUACAGAUAUUAAAAUUAAAAUAAUGGUUCCUUCAAGGAUGACACAAGCAACUGAAGUGUUACAUUCUGGAGGACAAUAUAUUUUUGUGAAUGAUAGACCAAUUAAAUAUAAAGAAUUAGAGAAGGUAGUGAUUAAAAUAAUUUUCGAGGCAUUAGGACAAGAAUCGUCAACAAGGAAAAAACCAAUAUUUCUUGUAUAUAUUUUAAUAAAUGCAGCAAACAUAGACGUUAAUCUAGAACCAAAUAAAACUUCUCUCCUUUUUAAGGAACAGAACGUGGUUAUCAAUAUAAUAGAAAAAUAUUUAGAAAAUUUUUAUGGAAUACAAAGAGAAAUGCAACCAGAAAACAAUUGCGAAAGUUCAUUUACUGAUUACCAAGAUUAUACACAAAAAGUAAACAUUAACAAUACUGAAAAUGAGGAACCUGCAUGCAAAAAACGAAAAUUACGAUUAGAAGGAAAUUUUGAUAAACCUAUUGAAAGGAAUAUAAAUACCGAUGAAAAUGUAAUAAAUAAUUUAAAUUCUACCGAGAUUAAUAAUUUCGAGCAUAAAGGACGACCGCAAGUUUCUAUAAAUAUGCAAAUUUGUGAUGACGAAAGUGCUGAAAAUGAAAAAAAAGUAGAUGACCUCAGUAUUCAAUUACCAUCUCUAGAUUUAAGUGAAUCAGAUUCAAAUGAAUCACAGAAUUUUGUAUUGACUUAUUCCAAUAACGAUAUUUCUCAUAAUUCAGUUGAUAGUAAUACAAAAGAAAACACAGAAGAUACUCCACCAUUUGAACUAAGUCCAUCAUCUGAAACAUUCAGUCAGUUACCUAUAGUAGAUCUAGGUGAGGAUUUUGUAUUGUUCGAUUCUUCUAAUACAAAUACAGAUGAGAAAGAAAAUAAGAUAAAAAAUGCGGAAACAAACGCUUUGCAUGCAGAGAAUAAAUUGGAUAUGAAAAAGUCAAUUAUGUUAAAAGAAUGGAGUAAAGGACACGUAUCUGAAUUGGAGGGAGGUACAAAUGUAGAAUCUUACAAUUAUAUAAAACUAAAGGAGUCACCAAAUAUCGAUUCACAUACAAAUUUAUGUGCAGGUUUUCUUAAAUUUUCAAAAUAUGCCAGGUCAGAAGAUUCUAAUAUGACAGCACCUCAAAUUGCUUAUCAAAUAACUAAUCUUUGGAAAAAGUUGUCACCUGAAGAACGUGGAUACUAUAGAGACCUAGCACACGAUGAGAAAUCAGAGCACAACAAAAGCAAACUGGAAACAAAAGAAAAAUGUAUAGUAAAUAUUAAUAAAAAUAAAAAUAGACUAUUAAAAGCAUUGGAAAAAAUGAAAACAAUGAAUAUGGAGAAAAAAGAAAAUUUAGUCAUGAGAACUACUGUAUCUUGGGAUAUAGAUUUAAAAAAAGUUACUGAAAAUUUUCUAGAUAGUCCUCCGUGUGAAAAUACUGACGUUGUUGUUGUUGGAUUAUUACGUAAAAAUUUAUGGAUUGUUUAUAAAUCUGCACAUAUUUGGAUUUUAGAUGCUGAAAAUCUUAAAAAAAAAUUACAUAUAACUGAUAUGAAUGUGAAUGAGGAUAAUGCUAAGAAUAUAGAACAACUUUUACAGCAAUGGUUUUCAAUAAAAAAUGACAUAUCUUUAUUACAUCCUAUACAUUCAUUAACACAAAUCAGGGAUACUCUUUAGCUUAAAAUGUUGUAAACAUUAUCUAAAUAAUAACCCUAUUAAGUUUGAAAUA